AAUCCUACUAAGUAAAGUAUAUAUACUAGGUGUACAUUAUGCUUAAUUCGUUUAAACCCGUAAUCAAUGUUAUUUAAAAUAAUACACAUUUUUAUUUCAUUGCAUUCAUUUAAAAUUUAUUUAAUUUUUUGUAAUUAUUUACUUUUUUCAUAAAAUGAAACUUAAAGAAGUGAAGUGUCCGAUGUACUUAUAUAGUUCUAAAUAAAGUGAAAAUUAACCCUGUCCCUAAUUUUAAAUCGAUAUUUACUAACAUACAUAUAAUGUCUAAUCGUCAUAGAAGAACUCGAAUUUAUGGAGCCAAUUAUGACAUCGGAGAAAGUUAUUACAAAAAACAACUCAAUGAUUUAGACAACAAAACUACAUGUAACAGGAAUAUUAACACAUCCGUUGGCUUUGAUACCCUGAACGACAAUAAAACAAGUCCAAAAGUCAGUUUUAUGUGUUCUGAUUCGGAGUAUAAUGAUAAAGCUCUUAGACUACCACGUGUAAAUACUAAAUUUAGUGAUUUUGAGGAUGAGGAUCAUAAAACCUUUCCAAAACAGCUUACUGAACAUAAACAUUUUAGUGAUUAUGAAAAUGAAUUUUUAAAUGGAACAUCGAAACCCAAAGUGACUGACGUUAAUGUAGACAAUGCUGUUUCGCGUUGUCGUAAAGAUUUGGCUGAAGAUUUAAAUCGUUCAUUUCUCAAAUAUUCAUUUGCAAAUGAGAGCACUCCAAUGGAUUUUGAAAAAAAGGCUGUUUCGAGUGUGUCCGUUCGUUCCAAAUAUGUUUACGAUAAUGUUUCUAUAAAGGAAAAAGCUGAAGAUGAUUACGAAGCAUCACGUAGAGUAAAUGCAACAAAGGCACGUCUACAUGAUUUAGAGGAAGAAAUUACGAGUAUGACUAAUAAACAAAACGAACGCGAGAAACGAAAACAAAACUUAAAGAAAAUAUUGUCGCUGUCUUCGAAUAAUGAAAAUGUUGAAUAAUUGAUUGUUUAUGUAAUCUCUGAAUCUUUUAAUUAAAUAAAAUAUCGAAUUGAUGUUGCUUCGCUUGAAA